AUGAAAAUUGAUUCACAAUUACAAUGUAUAUUAGAUGCAACUAAACGUGAGACAAAGGGCAAGGUAGAGGAUCUUAAUAACCAGAAAAUAAUUAUAGACAUUGCGAUACAUUUUUUCAAAAACCGUUCAAAAUACUCAAUCCCCUUUAAAUUGGAACAAAAAUCCUGUUCAAAUUGGAGUUAAUUUUUUUAAAAAAAAAAUGUAAAAAUUAUUCUCUUUCAAACAUUUUUUUAAAACUUUUAAAAAUUAAAAUAUUAUAUAUUGAAAGCAAGAAUUUUGAAUUUUAGUUAAUUUUGGAAAAGGAUCAUUUUAAAAAUUAAUCAAUUCAGUGUGAAAACUGUUUAAAUGAUAAAAUUAUAAACAUCUAUAGAAACAAAUUUGUUCCAAUUUAAAAUGUGGGAGUCAACAAAUCGAGCCUAUAAAAAAAGAGGAAGCAAUCCAGCCUGCUGGGGAUUGGAAAAUAGAAAUCAACAAAGUUUGUGGCAAAAUGCUGGCUUUGUCUUCAUAACAAAAGCAAAGUGUAAAAUCACUCAUAUUAAAUAUUUGGCAGGCCUUAAAUAA